UCUUGCAACGAUUCCACGAUGAAAGGCGUUUUUAUACUGCUUUUUUGUCUAACUUUCGUCCAGGCUGGACUGCCGUUUGAAAGUGCGAUUCCUGUUCUUGAAGCUCAGAGUAUCGGAAGGGAUCCUCGCAUCGUCAAUGGAAAUCCCGCUCCAGCUGGACGAUUUCCGUAUCAAGUAUGGCUCCUCGGCCAGGGAGCUGUAGGCCAUGCAUGUGGAGGAUCGUUGAUAACCUACGACUGGAUAUUGACGGCGGCCCAUUGCGUAACUGGAAUAACUCGAUGUUACGUAACCAUGGGAACCAUCAACCGCAAUCAGCCGGAGUUUAUCGGGCAAUCUACUCACUUUAUCGCUCAUCCACAGUAUAACAGAGACAAUCUGAAUAAUGACGUUGGACUGAUAUUGCUUGAGUCGCCGGCUCCAAAGAACUCUCCUAACAUCAAACCGAUUGAUCUACCUAAUCCAGGACGUUUUGGAGAAACCUUUGUGAAUAAGCGAGCCACAGUUUCUGGUUUUGGAACUACCGUAGACAGUAAUCUAUAUGGACCAUCUGAAGUGUUGAACUGGAUCGAUGUUACAGUCAUCUCGAAUGACGAAUGUGCUAAUGUUUUUGGGCCAUUUUUGGUGAUUGAUUCAACGAUAUGUGCUAAGGGGGCAGAUGAUCUUAGCCAGGGUCCAUGUUUUGGAGAUUCCGGAGGCCCGUUGACUAUUCAAGAAAACGGAACCAGUUUGCAAAUUGGAGUGGCUUCGUUCGUUUCCUCGAAUGGAUGUUCAUCGGGCAGGCCGGCAGGAUACGCCCGGAUCAGCUAUUACGUUGAAUGGAUCAAUGGAAUAACAUCAUCAGGGCAAAGACUUGGGGCAUCGAUUCUAUCCGUUAUGGGACUCCUGAUAGUUCAUGUUCACUCGCGAAACAGAAGUUGAAAUUUAUGUUUGUUGUAGGUUUCGACUUUCUCGAUAUUUUGGUACAGAGGAUACUUUAGCAUUCUCUGUACCAAAAUAUCAAGAAAUUCAAAGCUUACAUACUUUCUGAAUGCACACAUGGUGUAGUGAUAAGCCUUG